GUUUGUCGUAUGAAGUAUGAAAUGAAAAUCAACCCGUAUUUUAGGUGUAGUUAUUAUUCGUAGACACCAAAAAAGGAGAAAGGAGAUGCCGGAAAAGGAAGUGUUUUGAGCGGGACUACAAAGAUGGCGCCUGGCAGCGGCGGACACGGUGAUUGAUGUCUGUAGUCGCUGCGCAAAAGUGAAAGUUACAUUUUCGCCGAGAGGGAAGACUCAACAUGCCACUGCUUGGCUGGCAAACUUGCUGUCUAGAUUUCCGUGGAAGUGUCAGAUGGAUUUGGGAUCACUUUUGCUUUGUGUUUGCGUGAUGAUGGCGAGUGCGCGCGCUGCAGGCGGUGAACAGGAAUGCCCGUGCUCAGGAAUCCUCCCGUUGCCUCUGACUGAGCCUCCCGACUGCCAGCACAACAACAAAACCUUCCGCUACACCUGUGUCAAAGGUUAUGUGCGGAAGGCGGGGACGUCCAACCUCAUCAACUGCCGAGAGGGUUCUCGAUGGACCAAGGCCUCUCUCACAUGUAUACCCGACCCUAAGGCCACACCCCAAGGCGACCCUAAGGCCACACCUCGGGGCGAUCCUAAAGCCACACCCCAAGGCGACCCUAAGGCCACACCCCAAGGCGACCAUAAGGCCACACCCCAAGGCGACCCUAAGGCCACACCCCAAGGCGACCCUAAGGCCACACCUCAAGGCGAUCCUAAAGCCACACCCCAAGGCGACCCUAAGGCCACACCCCAAGGCGACCCUAAGGCCACACCCCAAGGCGACCCUACGGCCACACCCCAAGGCGACCCUAAGACCACACCCAAAGCCCCCAACAUCACCCAAGCAGGCGACACAGCGGCCAGCCUAGAAGACAACAACACAACAGCCAGCCUAGAAGACAACAACGCCACAUCUUCCCACUCAGCAGGAGCAGUGGGCAGCAGCACAAUAGCAGUCAUCAGCUGCCUUGCAGUGUCCAUCAUUGCUCUGACUGCCAUCGCCAUGUUAGUGUAUAGAAGAAGGAGAAGGGCAGAAAGCGACACACCAUCCCAGCCAGCGGAGGCCAUACCUCUCCAUGAGGUUCCAUCAGAGCGUGGAUAGGAAGUAGGACAUUAGUGUCACACAACAUGCUCCAAAGUUCUCAACUCGUGCUUCUCACCAUCCAUCAUCCUUAACUAACAUGGCAUGCAUUCUAACUGGCAAAUAAAGGCUAGCAAAAGUCAGCUAACGAUGGAGCUAAUGGGAGUACAAUAUAAAAACCCUCCAACGGUACAUGUCACCACCUGAAUAUUCACCAAAGUAUUUUUCCACAUUUUAGGUUACAGCCUCAUUCCAAAAUGGAAUACAUUCAUUUUGUGCCCUCAAAAUUCUACACACAUUUUUUUUUUUACAAAUCUUUUUAAAUUAAUUAAAAAUUUAAAAAAACGAAGAAAUCAUGAAGCUCAAAAAUGAGCUUAGAAGAAAUGUUCCUCCAGCUUCAUCAGAGUCCACCUGUGGUCACUUCAGGAUUUAGAGAGGCACACACACCUGUCUGUGUGGAAGAUCCACACUUGACGGUGCAAACCACGAAGGAAGUCCGAGGAAUUGUCUCCAGGCACAGAAAAAAGAUCUGCUCCCUUGAAGGUCCCAAGGAGGGGAGUGGCCUCCAUCCUUUGUAAAUGGAAGAAGUUUGGAACCACCAGGACUCUUCCAUGAGCUGGCCACUAGUCCAAUCAGGGGAGAAGAGUCAGGAAGGUGACCAAGAACCCCGUGGUCACUCUGUCAGAGGAGAGAGGAGAACCUUCCAGAAGGACAAUCCACCAAUCAGGCCUGGAUGCUACAUUUCUCAGUCAAACGUUUGCCCUGAAAGACUCUCAGACCACGAGGAACCAAAUCCUCUGGUCUGAUGAGACAAAGAUUGAAGUCUUUGUUUGGAUGAAAGCAGGACAAUACUUGGUGGUGGUGGUGGUGGCAGCAUCAUGAUGUGGGGAUGCUUUUUAGUGGCAGGAACCGGAAGACUAGUCAGGAUAGAAGGAAAGGUGAAUGCAGCAAUGUACAGACACAUCCAAGCUGAUGGAGCUCGAGAGGUGCAGCAAAGAGGAAUGGGCGAAGCUGUCCAAAGAUAGCUUGUAGCAUCGUGUUCAAAAAGACUUGAGGUGGAAUUGAUUCACAAAGGUGCAUCAACUAAGUAUUGAUCCACAAAGGUGCAUCAACUAAGUAUUUGUCCACAAAGGUGCAUCAACUAAGUAUUGGUCCACAAAGGUGCAUCAACUAAGUAUUAAUCCACAAAGGUGCAUCAACUAAGUA